UUAGAGGGUUGUUGUGUGUGUCUGCUCAAAGGGAAGAAGCCAGAAGACAGACAGAGAUAAAAUUUCUCUAGAACAAAAUAGCCUUACUAUUGUGGAUAAGUGGUCUGGUUUACCUUUUCACAGGCUUUACUUCUCACCUCAGUCACAGCAUGCUGAAGCCUCGCUGAGCAUUCACCUGAGGGAAGACAGAUAAACCAAUGGACUAUAUAUCCUGGACCUCCACUCAGGGAGCCAUGUGAGCGGCACCCGGCACCUACCACACACUACAGAAGUGCCCCUCUCCCACAGUCUGCACCCUGAGCUGGGGGGCACAACCAGGAUAUUUUCUUCUUUCCUGGAACCUCCACUUUCAGGGCUCGCGUGGAGAGACUCUCCAGGCUUGGUGUUUCCCAGCUGGAGACACUUAUCGCGGGGCACUGGUCAGGGUGUGAGUGCCCCCUGGUCUGGAGGCCAGCCAGCAGCACUCCAGCACCAUGGAUUACCUGUUUGGGAUUGUAGUGCUGCUGUGCGGGGCGGCACAGACGGGAAGAGGAGCUGAGCCCAAGCACAAUGUACCCAGGCUAAAACUGUCAUACAAGGAGAUGCUAGAGACCAGUAACCUUAUCACUUUCAAUGGAUUGGCAAACAGCUCGAGCUAUGACACAUUCCUAUUAGAUGAGGAACGAGGGAGACUACUGGUUGGAGCUGAGGACCACAUCUUUUCAUUUGACCUCGUCAACAUCAACAGAGAGCACAAACAAAUUGCAUGGCCUGCCACCCCAUCUAAAAGGGAUGAAUGUAAGUGGGCAGGGAAAGACCUUGGGAAAGAGUGCUCUAACUUCAUCCGGGUCCUUCAGCCUUACAACCAGACCCACCUGUACAUCUGUGGCACAGGAGCGUUCCACCCCAUCUGUGCUUAUCUGGAAAUGGGCAAGAGGGCAGAGGACAACAUCUUUCGACUGGCUUCACAUUUUGAGAACGGCCGCGGGAAAAGUCCCUAUGACCCCAAAAUGCUCUCUGCCUCACUUUUGCUCGAUGGAGAGCUGUACUCUGGCACAUCUGCCGAUUUCAUGGGAAGGGACUUUGCUAUUUUCCGUACCUUGGGAGACCAUCAUCCAAUCAGAACAGAGCAACAUGAUUCAAGAUGGCUGAAUGACCCGAGGUUCAUUGGCGUACACUUGAUCCCUGAGAGCGACAACCCUGAAGACGACAAGAUCUUCCUGUUUUUUAAAGAAAACGCCAUGGAUGGAGAGCACAGCGGCAAGGCUACCAUCGCCAGGAUAGGACAACUGUGUAAGAAUGAUAUGGGAGGUCACAGGAGUCUGGUUAACAAGUGGACCACCUUCCUCAAGGCACGGCUGAUUUGUUCAGUCCCCGGGGUCAAUGGCAUUGAUACACACUUUGAUGAGCUACAGGACAUGUUUCUCAUGAGCUCCAAGGAUCCAAAGAAUCCAGUUAUCUAUGCUGUAUUCACCACAUCCAGCAACAUCUUUAAAGGCUCUGCAGUGUGCAUGUACAGCAUGGCAGACAUCAGAAGGGUGUUCCUGGGUCCCUACUCCCACAGAGAUGGACCCAACUACCAGUGGGUACCUUUCCAAGGACGAGUGCCCUACCCUCGCCCUGGCACUUGUCCCAGUAAGACCUUUGGAGGUUUCGACUCCACCAAGGACCUCCCUGAUGAUGUCAUCACCUUUGCCAGGGGCCACCCGGCCAUGUACAACCCAGUGCACCCGAUUGGGGCACGUCCCAUCAUGGUGCGGACAGAUGUGGACUACCAGUUCUCCCAGCUGGUAGUGGACAGAGUGGAGGCUGAGGACGGACAGUAUGAUGUCAUGUUCAUUGGCACAGAUAUGGGAACAGUGCUGAAGGUGGUCACAAUCCCCAGAGAGAGCUGGCACGACCUGGAAGAAGUGGUGCUAGAAGAGAUGACUGUCUUUAGGGAGCCCACUCGCAUUACUGCUAUGGAGCUGUCCACCAAGCAGCAACAGCUGUACCUUGGCUCAGCCCUGGGUGUAUCGCAGAUGUCUUUACACCGUUGUGAGGUCUAUGGGAAAGCUUGCGCUGAGUGUUGCCUGGCUAGAGACCCUUACUGCGCCUGGGACGGCACUGAAUGCUCGAGAUACUUUCCUACUGCCAAGAGGCGAACCAGGCGACAGGACAUCAGAAAUGGAGACCCACUCUCUCAGUGCUCAGACCUGCAGCAUCAUGAUGACAUGGACGGCUUAGGAGGUAGCAUAGCUGACAAGAGCGUGUUUGGUGUGGAGAACAGCACUAUGUUUCUGGAGUGCAGCCCCAAGUCUCAGAGAGCACUCAUCUACUGGCAGCUACAGAAGCCCAACGAUGAUCGCAAGCAAGAGAUCAAAUUAGAUGACAGAAUGCUUCGUACAGAUCAGGGACUGCUCAUACGCAGUCUAACACAGUCUGAUACUGGUGUGUACCACUGCCAAGCUGUUGAACAUGGCUUUAUCCAGCCCCUGCUGCGCCUCAACCUCCAGGUCAUCCCCACUCAGAGACUGGGUGACAUCCUACCUGGACUUCCCAGUGCUGGAGGCGGUGUAGGUCCCUCUGCCAAACACAGGCUGUGGUACCGAGAUUUCCUAUCUCUUUUGGACCACCCUGACCUCAACAGCGUGGAGGAGUUUUGCGAUAAGGUUUGGAAGAAAGAGCGCAAACAGAAGAAGGUGAAGACGUCCAACAGCAAUGGUCAGGGUAAACCUGACAGAAGCAGUGGUCCUUUGGCUUCUAAUGCUCAGAAGCAGCAAGGUAGUCCAGCACAGAGCAGGCCAAGGCUUCAGGUCGGAGCUCCAACACUGGAAGGGCAGGUACGAAGCCAGAAUGCCCAGAAAGUUCAGUCGAAUCUGGGUAUGUUGAUUGGCCAGGCACCUAAGAACAAUCAGAAGAUGCAAAACAGCCAGAAGAGGCAGGGCAGUCUGGCUGGUUCUCAGGUUGUGGGAGGACCUCGGGUGAGCAGCCAGCACGUGGCCAAGUGGAGACAGAUGCAGGACAAUAAGAAGGGACGCAAUAGGAGGACCCAUGAGCUUCAAAGACCUCCACGCAGUGUUUGAGAGGAAGCACAGAGAUGCACUCAUGCAACCGGAUCCACAUACACAUGCACAAACCCACGCAUCCACAUAUACACACAAACACAUUCUGUAGAUUGUGUAUCCAAUGUAUGUUUAAUGACCUCUCUAUAACAGCAGGCAGCACAAGAAAAGAAAAACACCAAACACACUUUUUUAGGUAGAAAUACAGGAACUGCACAAUUGUAACAACAAUAAAGACACUGUUGUUCAAUGACACAAAUGCACACAACCUGUGACAAGGAAAAAGAUGAGUGGAGGACUGAGAAACUGGAAUAUGGAUUGUAAAUGCGUGCGGAUACGACUGGUUGUCUGGGACACUGCCUGUCAGACACUUCCACCUCCUGUACAUAAGCUACUAAAAUAGGACUGAGAUAGAAGCAUUUAGUGAAGGGUUUAGACUUGUAAGCAAAGAGGACAGUUGCUGAGACAAUAAAUACAUGGACAUUUGUGGAAGCAGACAUUAUGCAUUCACUGCAACCUGCUUCUGUCAUCGACCUGAGCAUGUGAACUGCAAGAUAGUGUACAUGGAAAACUCUUAUUUUGAAGAAUUGUUUGAGGAGAAAAGAACCUUCUAUCUAGUCUUUUAAAUCAAGACAGACAACAGAAAAAGGAGGAACGAGAAGGGUUGCAAUUCACCUUGGGAUAUGCACCAGUGGUCCUCAUGCUAUUUAAAAACAAAUAGAAGCAUUAUUACUUGCAAAAACUGCAAAGUCAGGUGCAGAGAAAGUGCUCUGGCAUUGUCCUCUCCACCUGAGGCUGGGAAGGCAUUGUGCAUGUUGUCAUUGUCAGUGUUUUAAUAAGCUAGUUAUUUUUUUUACACCCUACCUAAAAAUGUUACAUGUUUCUUUUAUAUUUUCUUUCCUUUCCAAACCAGUGCUUCUAAUUUGGAGGCAAAAAAUUACAAGCAACAUACAGUAGUAGUCUUGUGCAUUAUCACUUCUGCUCCCAAGGAUUGUGUGUAAGUUAUUAUGUUGUUGCUUUUCCUGGGACUGAUAGACUCUGGGCGCGAAUUGCAAUUGUAGGCUACACUAAAACUGCAGUUUGAAAAAGACUGCCACUUGUUUGGUGUACAUAUAUACAACAACCUUAACUCUCUGUGUAUAUACAGUACAUAUACAGUACAAUACAAAGGCACCACCUGACUAUUAUUUAUUGCUCAUUGUUUUGUGAAAGGGUUGAAUUUAUUUUUGAUAUUAUGGUAUUUUUGGCUCAUCAGUAUAUUGGAAAACAAUGGCAACAGCAACAAAGAAACUUUUGAUGGACCAAGUGACUGAAAUUGUGUCAGGGAGUACCGUUUUCAGGAUAUAGGGUUUGAAAAAUUAAGUACAGGGGUUUGUGUCAUUAACCAGAUUUUUGGUUAAUGAGAUCCCACCAAUGAUAAGCACAAUUUUGUCUCUUCUGCCUUUCAUAACAAAUGCUUUCCUUAUGUUUUCAUUUUUCCCAAAUCCAUCCCUCGUCUUUUAUCCACCGAGUAGCCAUUAUGUGUAAGAUAAUUCCCCAACUGAAAAACAUUAGCUGUGAAUCUCUGUAAAAAAUAGUGGAGAAAAAUGUUAAAUCUAGUCUGAGGAGAAGACACGUUAUACUGCAUGUGAAUGCUACCUACAGUAAGUGCAUCUUUUUUAUCGUCUCUUUAUGUGUUUUGUGUGAGAGAUAACGUUCCCUUAAAGCAAGGUGUGAAUUACUUUCGUCCUUUUGCCAAAACAGUGAUGUUAACAACUCAUGAUAUGAAGUCCAAAGCUAUUCAAGAGCCAAGCUCUUUAAUUGAAGAAAAAUACCCCAUGUCCCCCAUCUCCCCUGUCCCCUGAAUACAUGACAAGAGUAAUGUGUAAAUGCAAUAAAUUAGAGCAAAUAGUAUCCUGUACCAAAACUCAGAAGCUGGGUAUGUCCCUACAUCAGGUCUCUCAUUCAGAGUUAGUAAAGUGAGAAAGCUGAAAGUUACCACUGCUGUAACACAGGUCUUUCUGGCAUGCAUACAGUUGUCUUAAUAAACA